AUGGCGGUGCAGAUUGGGCGACGGCCCGAUGUGUGGCCCCAUGUUGUAGCGCGGACCGUUCCCGUCAGAGUGGAAGGCUUGUCGAUGCUUGUGUCCAACUCUGAGCGCUAUCUGGUCAACAAGAUAGGAGCCACAUAUGCUGCUCUCAAGUUCGCCUCUUCGACAACACAUGAUUCACCGAUCUACUUCUGGGCAAUCAAUACAGCCUAUGUUGCUGCCUACCUUUUGCACCAAUUGCGUGUAUGCCUCAAGGGCAGGAAGAGGCAACGCGACGUCAUACAACAACGGGUAGGGCUGAUGUACCCCACAGUUGCGUCUCUUGUUAUCUUUGAGCUCCAGUUCCGCAGUACGUACAUAUGCAUCUACAGACGUGUCCUUGCUGACAUCCUCGACAGCGAAGCAACCACCAGUAUCAAUGACCACAUUGGGACACCGCCUCCCUUAUUCCCGCUGACAGCAGGGCAAAUGGCAUUUUUAGAGCCUCAAGCUCCCCUGUUCCCCAGUCCCGUCAGCAAAGCGAAAAAAAGGUACCUGUUUGUCAGCUCUAAAUACAGCACCUCCCCCGCGGAAUUACCCCGCAAACCACUAAUCGCACGGAAAAGAUAG